AUGAGAACUGCGCUGAUUGCGCUCUUUGAAGAGCAGCAGAACAACCUGCGGCUGUUUGCCGGUGGAGCUCCCGUGCAGCUGCCGCAGGAUGGGAGCCUGCCAAGCGGCCCCAAGUUGCAGCAGUUUGGGGGCGUGUUGGGGCUGAUAGACCUGCUCUGCAUCAUCCUGCUCAGAGAAGGUGUCUUGGACCGCAUUCUGGCAGUGCAGAAGAUGGAUGUGCAUGACAUUGAGGGCAUUCAUCCUCUCUUAGCUACCCUGCUGCACAGAGAGGCUGAACCGCAGCUGUCACAUGACGCACAAGACUGCUGCCAAAACGCCCCCACUGCAAACUCUGGGAAUCCUCUGCCUGAGGAAGCCAGGCAGGAGUCAGCUUCAGGCCUCCAUGCACCCGGCUACAGGACAGAAACAGAGGAGAGUCAGCAAGAACCGCACAGCGAGCCAGCAGCGGGUGCUAGAGCGCAAUUAACGUCCAGUGUAGGCUCAGACCAGGUCAGCGGAGAGCAGGCGCAUGCAGGGAUGCCGGCAGGCCACAAUGGUCCGGUAGAGGAUACUCGCAGCGCUGAGCUGGCGCGGCUGCUGAGCGCUGAUUGGCCGACGGCCUGCGCUGCGCUGCGCGAUUACCUGACCGCUGCCACGGCCAAGGACUGCAGCCUGAUGAUCACUCUGGCGCCCUUGCAGCCUGCGCCUCGACCACAACAGGAGAGGAGUCGCAGGGCAGAGCCUUCACUUGGCGCUGCAAUGGAUGUUGCCUCGACGAGCGGAGAGAGACUCAUUGGAGGAGGGAGCGGGAGAAAGUCUGGGGGGCAGCUGUAUGCAGUUCAGGAGGAUCCAGAUGUUGGGUCGGUGGUGCAGGAUAGUGAGAGUGGGAGGUGGUUCAGGUACAAGGUUGCAGUGGUGGAUUUGGACCUCAAGCCUCUCAGCAAGGUUGAGCAGCAUUUUGCAUUGGACCAGAAGAUCCUGGAGUGUGCCCUGCGGACAGGGAAAUUUGCCACAUGA